UUCACUUAUCCAUCUGGUUAAAAAGCGUUUAGGGAUUUUAGCUUAUGUCAGUUCGUGACGAAAACUCUAAAUCUAAUUCCUGACAACCAUUUGCAAACUACAAUCCUUAUUCUGUACACAGAUGAACAUUCUCAAGGCCACUUCAACGUCGCUCGAAGGUCGUCCAUAAAUUAUGGUCUCACCGUACGCGUUAUAUAAAGAAAAAAAUGUUAGAUCAGCAAGCGUUUUAUGAUACCUUUCGUUGCAGCCGUCGUGACGUACUCCAUCCUUAACCUGGAAGCAACAGACAUCAAUCAUCUAUAAAAUUCAAUUUUAAUAGUUGCUUCUUGUUUAUCUAAACAAUAACAGUAAUAAUAAUAAUAAUCUAAUGUGUAGUCAAGAAGAAGAUUGUUCUUGUUUAUUCACUUCAAUCAUUAAAAAGAAUGAAAGAUUAUCACAUUGUAUAAAAUGUCAAUCUCCAUCAUCUAUAUUAAUUAGAAAAGAUGAUCCAUCAUUAUGCAAAUCAUGUUUUAUUAAUAAUUGUUUACAUAAAAUUAAUACAGGAUUUGGAAAAUAUAAAAUAACUACUGAAAUAAGUAGUAUAGCUAUAGGUUAUUCUGGUGGUCAAAAUUCAUCAACUUUAUUAAAAUUAAUAAUACAAAAUAAUAAUAAUCAUAAUCAUAAUGAUAAUGGAAUAAAGAAACGAACUAAGAAGAUUGUACCAAAAGUAUUUCAUCUUAUUGAGCCACAUGAUUCACAAGAAAAUUUAGAUUUAAUUACCAAAAUAAUGAAAAAUAGUAAUUUUGAAUAUUAUAAUAUUACUAUAGAUGAAAUUUCAGAAAAUAAUAAACGGGAAACUAGAUUGACAUCUUUAUCACUUAGUAAUAAACAACGAUUUAAUGAUUAUAAUCGUUUAAAUUUACUCAUUGAUUGUACACGUAAACUUAAUUGUAAUUAUUUAGUUUUGGGUGAAUGUGGUAAUAGAGUUACUGUGAAAUAUUUAUUAGAAAUUAUAGAAGGUCGUGGAAAUUAUAGCAGUAUACAAACAUCAUUCUUAGAUGAACGAUACCAAGAUAUAACAAUUGUUAGACCAUUACGUGAUUUUCUGGCGAAAGAAAUAGCCUUAUUUGCUCAUUUUAUGCAUUUGGAGUUUAUUACACCUAAUGAUCCAUUAACAUCAAUUGUUCUUAAAAAUCCCAAUGUCAAUACAUUGGAAAGAUUAACUCAAGAUUUCUUAGCUGCACUGCAAUCUGGUGGAUUCCCGUCGACUACUGGAACUAUUCUUAGAACAUCUUCGAAAGUUGUUCUGGAAAAUGACUCUCAAAUUACAUGUCGUUUCUGUCAUUUUCCUAUAUCCAAUACUGACUCGUCUAAUGAUCCUGACAGGUUGGCUAUAGAAUCUAUGAUACAUUCUUCUUCUUUGUCCAAUCCUGAUUCUUUUAGUAAAGAAACAGUUACUGGAAUUAUUGAGAAGGACUUAUGUCUCUCCUGUUCACUAAUGUUCAAGGAACUUUCUCUUUGUACAUAAAAAAAAAACAUUUUUAAUACUUUUUCCCAGUCUCUGUUUUGCUACUUUUUAUCCCAAACAGUGCAGGCCCACUAGAUAAAAAAAAGUGGUAACACAAUUAAUGAUGCAAUCUUCUAAUAAAUUGUUUUCCAUAUGUUAUAUUAGGUAAUGUUUAAAGAUUGGUUUGUAUUGUUAUCCCUCAGCGAUUUAGAAUAGAGCUUGAGUGUGGAAAGCUUCGUAUUGAAGUCCUUAAGGUUAGAAAACGUUUAUAAUAUUCUGUCGUGUGAUUGUAAUCCACUAAGGGGACCCUAAAUUGUGGAAAUCUGAUAGGUAAGGGUAGUUCUCGCGUGGGGUUCUUGAAGACUUGAGUCUAUAGGAGGGCGUGUAGACAAAAGUAGUCCGACACCUAAUACCGGGUGCCAGACGUUUUCACUCACUGGGACUGACUAAUCGCUUACUCCGUUUGCUCUCUCCGCUCAUACCUCGACAGAAUUCUCGAAAAUCAAUAGCAAGUACCUCAGAGACUAGCUUUAUUCAUACUUCAUGUUUAUGUUGUCUCUAGACAACUAAAUAUCUAUCUAAACUGUCCAAGGUGACAAUAUAAAAUUUAAAGAGAGUAUUAAAUUUGUUAUUCUAUGUUCUAUGCAAACC